AUGUUGGUACCUGGAGAUGAGAGCCACAAGCUUGAACUCUUUGAUCCUGUGAUUUUUGAAUGUUUGAAGACACUGCUGGUGGCGGGCAGAAGGGCGCCCCGGGUCUCACUGUCUCUGUCCCUCGCAGGCUGCUGGGCGGUGACGGGCCCCGGGGCAGUGCGCGGCCCCGCGGGCGGGUCGGUGGCGGUGCGGUGCCGGUACCGGGCGGGCUAUGAGGAUUAUCCGAAGUUCUGGUGCCGGGCAGGUUUGGUAGCAGGCUGGAGCUGUUCCGACGGGCUUCACAUCGUCGAGACCGACGGGUCGGAGGCGGAGGUGACGCGGGGCAGAGUCUCCAUCCGAGACGAUCGCACCCAGCGCGUGUUCACCGUGACCGUGGAGAACCUGACACCGGCAGACGCCGGCACGUACCACUGCGGGGUAGACAGGAUCGGGCUCCUUAAUCCCAGGGCCGCUGUGACACUCACCGUCUCCCCAGAUAAUUCUUCCCUAUUCCUGACUGUAAGGACAUCACAAGCAACAAUGCAGCCAGAUUUGCCUUCUCCAACAAAGACUGAAUCCAGUUUCUCCCCUACCACACACAUCACUCCUGCACGAUUCCAACUCAUCAUCCUCUGUUUCCUGCUCCUGGGCUUAUCGAAGGGUCUCCUCUUGCUGUGCAUAGUCUCUGUUAGGAUCUGGAUGAGCGUACGCUACAGGAGAAGCCACAGGGAGAUGGUGCCAGACAGACAAGCUCAUGAACCGCCUCUUUGCUAGUUCUUAGAAGUGGAUCUGAAGCAGCAGGAGGAGGAUUCAUUUUCCAGCUUUGCACAAAGUAUCCCACACCGUGAUUUUCUUCUCACGUCAAGUGAAGCUAUUUCGCUCACGUUCUCAGAGGAUGAAGUCUGCUGGAAGUGUCUGUCUGUAUGCUUCCCAGGCCAGGGUAUCUAGGUUCUUAUCAUGGAGUUGGAGAGCCCAGGGCCAAAUUCUUGGCAUCUACCCUUCUGCAAGGGAAGGCCUCAAUCCAAUUUGAAAAUACAUCAACUAAAGCUAAUACAUACUCAAUUACAACAUUUAGACAUUUGAAUAAAAUCAAUCUGAAUAUUUACAAAAGUCCUCAGGAAGGGGGAUGUGCUGCCUGCCUAACCUUAACACCUUUACCAACAUUAUGUUGCUGGCAGAUUACACACAGUUGGCAGUAUUGCUGGGCCACAGGAGAAAAACACUGGUACAAACCAGUCUCAUUUAACUACAGCAAUCAUCCCCCCUUUUGCUCACACGUGCCACUCCGUGCUGCACGCAAGCCAAAUAGGGCAAAAGCACCCUGGGCGCAACCAGGCAGCUGCCCAGGAAGCACU